ACCUCUUUUAUAUAUAACAGUGUUUGAAGGUGAAAAAUAGACGGGAUUUAUUUAGGUGGAAAUUGAAAUAUCUAAAAUUAAUGUUUUAUAGAUGAAAUGAUCUACUCCUAAGCUUUACUGUGAUUAUAAACUAGAAAAAAAAUUACCUUAUAAAUACUAAUAGACACAAUAACAAGAGAACAAAAAAAAACAAGUGGAUGAUGUUUUGCAAGAGAUUAAUACAAGAGAGAAGAGAAACAGAUGAAUGGAGAUGGCUACACAAGCUCCCCGAGAGACACAGCCCUGCCAGAUACACAGGGCCUAAUACUACACCCUUACACCACACUCACACAUACAAGAACUAAGUGUAGUCUUGCCAUGUUUAUACUCGUCAUCUUCAACUUAUUGUCCACAGGAGAGGGCCAUAUCCGAGGGCCAUGGACCACACAUGGACGUGAACCCGGCCACCUUGCCACCUCCUCUACCCCCACAGCUGGACCCGAGCCAUUCUACCGACGUGACGGCUUUAGCGGACAAGACAGCCAUCCUCAACUGUCGGGUUCAUAACAUUGCCAACAAGACGGUGUCAUGGAUCCGUCACCGAGACAUACACCUGUUGACAGUGGGACGGUACACCUACACCUCCGACCAGAGAUUCAGAGCGCUGCACGAGGACGAUUCUGAUGACUGGGUCCUCAAGAUUAACUACGUCCAGACUCGAGAUUCGGGCAUGUAUGAGUGUCAGAUCUCCACUACACCGCCUCUCUCACACUUCAUACGACUUAACGUUGUCAAGCCACACACACACAUCCUAGGAGGGCCAGAUAUGUAUAUCAACAAAGGGUCGACCAUCAACCUGACUUGUGUAGUGGAGUUCAGCCCAGAACCUCCUGACUUCAUUUACUGGAACCACAACAACAAGAUCAUCAGCUACGACUCGACACGUGGAGGAGUAACAGUCAUUAUCGAGAAGGGAGACGUGACCACGAGCUCCCUCCUCAUCCAGAAGGCCCAACCAUCCGACUCUGGACGAUACGACUGCAAUCCUUCCAACGCUUCCCCUGCCAACGUCACCGUACACGUCCUUAAUGGAGAACACCCGGCAGCGAUGCAACAUGGCGGACAAGGGACUUACACUUCCUCCUCCCUCAAGAAUAUUCUCUCCCUCUUGGCUGUUCUUCUGGGACUCCACACCCUUCUGCAGUAGUGGCCACAAAACCUUCUG